AUGAAUCGUAUCGAUGUUAAAAAGCGAGUCCUCGACCACCGAAAGAAACAGUUCGCGGGUCCUUUGUAUAAGGAGACGCAGUACCCGCACCGCCUGAACUUCUACGCAACACCACCCACCGCCGACAUCACCCUCGAGCAGUUUGAACAAUGGGCCAUCAACAGGUUACGAGUUCUCGCCGAACUCGAAGCGUGCUCCUUCCGCAACAAGACCCCCGCCGAAACGGCCGUGCACAUGAAGCCACUCCUGGACAAGUACCUCCCACUCGACGCUAGCAGCUCCAACAACUCGGAGCUGCACCUACAGCGCCAGCAGGACCACUACAGCCACUUCAUACUGCGGCUGGCCUUCUCGUCGACCGAGGACCUGCGGCGGCGCUUCGCCCGCGUCGAGACCAUGCUGUUCCGCCUGCGCUUCCAGACGGACGACUCGCGCGAGCGCGCCGCCUUCGUGAGCAAGCUCAACCUCGAUUGGGAGCCCGUGUCGGACGAGGAGAAGCGCGAGCUGGCGCCGCGGUUGGCGACGACUGUCGGGUUUGGGUACGGCAAGCGCGCGCAGCAGGUGCUGGAUGAGGACUGGUGCAAGGUGGAUUGGACGCGCGUGCCGGAUUUGGUGGAGAGCCGCAAGGUGUUUGUCAAGGCGGGCAUGGCGUACGUGCCUGGGAGAGAGCAGCAGAGUAUGGUGUUGAAUGCGUUCAGCAAGCGGUUGGGGCAGGCGUUAGAGCUCACAGCGCGCGCGCUCCCCCGAUUAGACGAAGACGACCGCCUCGCCCCCAUCCUCGACCACCUCUCCAAGAACUUCACCACGCCGGACGCGAGCUACACGGGCUCCGGGGCGGCGGUUGAGGGCGCCGAGAUCACGGCGCGCAACAUGGACAACCUCUCGCAGCACUUCCCCAUGUGCAUGAGCCACCUGCACCGGUCACUCCGGCGCGACGCGCACCUCAAGCACUUCGGGCGGCUGCAGUACACGCUCUUCCUCAAGGGCAUCGGGCUCAACCUGGAGGAGUGUCUCAUCUUCUGGCGGUCCGGGUUCAGCAAGAUCACGGACGACACCUUCAACAAGGAGUACCGCUACAACGUGCGGCACGUCUACGGCGACGUGGGCGGCGACUCGAACCGCCGCAGCGGCGGCUACAGCCCCUACAGCUGCCAGAGGAUCCUGACCGAUAACGCACCGGGCCCCGGCGAGGCCCACGGUUGCCCGUACCGCCACUUCAGCCUGGACAACCUGACCACGCUGCUCCGCGCGUCGGGCGUGGCCGACAACGCGGUCCUGAAGGGUGUGAAAGAGGAUAAGGAGAGCCAGAAGUUUCACAUGGCGUGUAACCGGGGAAGCAGUACGCUGCCGGUGUUGGGCUUUCACAUGCAUGCGACAAAACAGCCUAGCAUGUGA